AUGGCCUAUAGACUGGUUGUACUCGGCUUCUCGCUGCUUGUAAUCAGCGAGACUACAUUGGCAGGAGCCGCAAGCGCAUCAGCGAGUGAGAUACUCGAUUGUUGUCACCACCUCGACAUAGGACUACCAAACCGGGUCAUGUACACUGGCACAGCCUACGACGAAGCGAACAUACGCUGGUCGACCACCGCCAUGCUCCAUCCGUCUUGCAUCGUGCGGCCAAGAAAGACCGCUGAAGUGUCAAAGGCUGUCAUGAUAUUGACCGCGGGUGCGCAGGCUGCUGGCAAGAUAUAUUCCUGUCCAUUCGCAAUCAAGCGCGAACAAAUCGAUAACGGCAUCACUAUGGGCCUACGCAACAUCAACGAGACGACACUUUCUGCUGACAAAGCGAGUGUCACAUUCGGUACGGGCAGCGAUUGGCUCAGCAUCUACACCGCCCUUGGCGGCACCGGCGUGGGUGUACCAGGUGGACGACACGGCCGUGUUGGUGUAGGCGGUAUCGUGCUAGGCGGUGGCUUGUCCUUCGUCUCACCCAAAGUGGGAUGGGUCACGGACAACGUCUUAUCGUUCGAAGUCCAUGCACUGAAAGGUGGUAGCAGCAACUUCGGCAUCGUCACUCGAGCCAAGCUCCAAACUUUCCCAUCAGACGGCAAGUUUUGGGGGGGCAGUGUCGCACAUCCCCAUACAACCAAUACGACUAGCCUGGUCCUAUCCGCCCUCAACAACUUCACGACCAACAACCAUCGCGAUGAGAACGCAGCCUUCAACAGUAACUUCAUCUACAAUGCUACCUCGCGAACGAAGAAUAUCGCCAACACCAUCGUCUACUCGGAAGACAUCGCCAAUGCAUCGAUCUUUGAUCAAGCUCAGUCGAUCCAGCCGCAGCUGGCCAACACGGCCAAAUCGACUACGAUAGUGGAGCUAGCCGCCAACACAGCAUCGCUGCCAUACGGCUACCGAUAUGGCGGAGCGACCGUGACGUUCAAGAAUACCGUGGAAGCGCUUGCAGUGGCCCAAAACAUCACUGACAGCAUAUACGAGACGGUAGCGAAUGUCACCGACCUAGUGUUUACAUUCGUAUACGAGCCCAUACCCAGCUUGUACGCAGAACACAGUAUCGCGCGAGGCGGAAACGUAAUGGGUAUGAAGAACACGAGAGAUGACUUGAUCUUGCUUCUGCUCGUCCCACGCUGGACCGAUGCCAAAGACGACUCCGCGAUGAGAGCGGCAUUCGUCUUUUGGGUGGGUGCGAUGGAGAAGGCGCAGACUCGGCUUGGCGCUCACCACAACUUCACGUACCUGAACUAUGCUGCUGCAUCCCAGAAUCCACUUGGAAGCUAUAGUGCUGCAAAUGUGGAGUUCAUGAGGAAGGUGGCGAAGACGUAUGAUCCGCAUGGUGUGUUCCAGACAGUGGUCCCGGGAGGGUUCAAAAUCAGUGAGGUCAAGGGUGGUGAAUGGCGACAAGGGUGGUAA